AUGAUCUGCGCGAUCUCCGGCGAGGUGCCGGACGAGCCGGUGGUGUCGAAGAAGUCGGGGCUCCUCUUCGAGCGGCGGCUCAUCGAGCGCUACGUUGAGGACCAUGGCAAGUGUCCCGUCACCAAGGAGGACCUCACCAUGGAUGAUAUCGUGCCGGUCAAGACCAACAAGGUCGUGAAGCCCAGGCCUUUGCAGGCUGCAAGCAUUCCAGGACUCCUAGGGAUUUUUCAGAACGAGUGGGAUGCUCUCAUGCUUUCUAAUUUUGCUUUGGAGCAGCAACUUCACACAGCAAGACAAGAACUUAGUCAUGCACUCUACCAGCAUGACGCUGCCUGCCGUGUUAUAGCCAGAUUAAAGAAGGAAAGGGAUGAGGCUAGAGCACUUUUGGCUCAAGCUGAGAGACAGAUUCCUGCAUCAGUUGCAGGAGCUGCUCCUGCAGCUGUUGUUUCCAAUGGAAAAAGAGCAAUAGAAGAUGAAAUUGGCCCUGACGGGAAGAAGAUUCGUCCUGGUAUCAACCCUGUCAUGAUUGAUGAUCUUACAGAGUGUAAUACCAUGCUUUCAGCACAGCGUAAGAAAAGACAGGUUCCUCCAACUCUGGCACCGAUCGAUGCACUCGAGAGAUACACUCAAAUCUCCAGCCAUCCCCUUCAUAAGACAAACAAACCAGGCAUUUUGUCCAUGGAUGUUCAUCCUUCAAAGGACAUUGUUGCAACUGGGGGUAUCGAUACAAAUGCAGUACUCUUUGAUCGGGCAUCUGGUCAAAUCUUGUGCACGCUUACUGGUCACUCGAAGAAGACUGUUCGCAUUUGGCAAGAGAAUGAGAAUGGAAGCUAUAACUGCGUCCAUACACUGAAAGAUCAUACUGCUGAGGUUGAAGCUGUUACAGUACAUGCAACUCAGAAGUAUUUUGUGAGUGCUUCCAAGGAUAACUCGUGGUGCUUUUAUGAUAUGUCAACAGGAUCUUGCCUGACACAGGUUGGUGAGGCUUCAGGACAAGAGGGAUAUACAUCCGCGGCUUUCCAUCCAGAUGGUCUUAUCCUUGGAACAGGAACUACUGAUGCUGUUGUUAAAAUUUGGGAUGUGAAGACUCAGUCAAAUGUCGCAAAGUUUGAGGGGCAUGUCGGACCAGUCACUGCUAUGUCUUUCUCUGAAAAUGGUUACUUCCUAGCGACUGCUGCUCAUGAUGGUGUCAAGCUUUGGGAUCUUCGGAAAUUAAGAAAUUUUAGGACCUUCUCUCCCUAUGAUUCGGACACGCCAACCAAUACCGUGGAAUUUGAUUUAAGCGGAAACUAUCUUGCCAUUGGUGGUUCAGAUAUAAGGGUCUACCAAGUAGCAAAUGUUAAGAGCGAAUGGAAUCUUAUCAAGACAUUACCCGAUUUAUCAGGAACAGGGAAAGUAACUUCCGUAAAGUUCGGAGCAGAUGCUAAGUACAUAGCCGUAGGUUCUAUGGACCGCAAUCUACGGAUAUUUGGCCUCCCUGGAGAUGACCAAAUGGAGGAAUCAAACACAGCGGCUGAGUGA